AUGGACGGCCACUACCACUCCGUUAACAACCCCCGCCCCUACCACUGCGAUAACAGCCACUAUCACUCGAUUGACGGUGGCUGUCACUCCGUUGAAGAGUAUGAGGAGAGCAACGCAAGCAGCGUUACAAUCGACAGUCUCUCCAUCGACAAUGACCCUGACAGGCUAUACUUCCUGCGCGAAAAUUCACGAACAAUAACCCCUUUCAGUUCAUUUCCUCCAGGGGCAAGAGAGAUAAUCGACCUUACUGGUGAAGAGAAUCUCCAUGAAGGCGACUAUGUGACUGACGAGUGUUUCGAAGUACUGCGUGAGGACUGGCUUCGUUCCGUGAAAGCAAAGUCUCCAGACCAAAUCGUGCCUCCUACAAGAACGCGUCUGGAGGAUGUCUGCGUGGGUGGAAUUGUAUACAUGCCAGGACAGUCAGUGGAGCUGCUUCUUGACAACACAUUUCUCCGGAUAAGCUCAAUCUGGAGAGAGUCGGAUGGCCAGAUAACUCUUGGGGGUCGUCGAUUACUCAAAGCAAAGCAUCACGCAGGCACCUACAUUCCGCAGGGCUCGGUCUGGAAAAAUGAGUUAGUGUGGGUUGAGAAUGAAACCUCUGAAGUUGCCCUGGACUUUGUGAAAAAGUUUAUACCGCUCCAUUUCACAAACUACUGCCAUGUUAGCAACGAUCAUGAGAAAGCACGACGUCCCGCCCAUCUAUUCUGCCGUCUGAAGGAGAUUCUGAAUUGCAGAUCUGGGGCCACGUCAGUUGAAUAUCUCAGCUACGGUGAGGCUGACCCUGGAUACCGGGUUGAACCAACAAUCCUAAGGCAAUCAUGGCGUGGGCCAACUGCAGCAUUCGGCACUGAAAAGGCUCCACAAACACCAAUUGUUGUACUAGAUGAUAUUGAAAAUGAACAGCAACCCGACCUAAUCGAGGGGCAAAGGCGAAGCGGCAAAUACACAUUUGGAGACGCAUUUUGCGGGGCUGGUGGCGUUUCUUGUGGUGCUGAAGCAGCUGGGCUGGAAGCAACAUGGGCAUUCGAUAUUUCGAGUCAUGCUGCUCAGAGUUAUCGUUUGAAUUUCCCCAGGGCCGAUUGCUGGACAAGCGAUAUCUUCAACUUCCUGACAAACAAUGAAGGGUACCUGAGGGUCGACGUUACCCACGGGUCUCCACCAUGCCAGACAUUUUCACCAGCACACACCAUUGAGAGCGCAAACGACGAUGCGAAUUCAGCCUGUAUAUUUUCGUGUGGAAAUCUUAUUCGCAAGGCAAAGCCUAGAGUCCAUACAAUGGAGGAAACAAGCGGUCUUUUUGAGCGGCAUAAGGAGACCUUCUAUGGAGUCAUCCAUGAUUUCAUUGAGAUUGGGUACUCAGUGCGGUGGGCGCUCCUUAACUGCAUGGAGUAUGGGGUGCCACAGUCACGAAAGAGGCUAAUCAUUAUUGCGGCAGGACCGGGAGAAACGCUACCCCAGAUGCCCAAGCCCACACAUGGAAUACCAGGGUCUGGCCUGCGCGACUUAGCUACCAUCAACCAAAUGAUCUCGAAUAUACCACCUGGUACUCCAGACCAUGACAUCGAAGGUGCGAGGAUUCGUAGCGCACAAAAACAUAGACCUCCAUUUGAUGCAAAUCAGCAGGCGAGGACCAUUACAUGCGGCGGAGGCGAGAACAACUAUCAUCCAUCCGGUACCCGGUGCUUCACCAAUCGCGAAUUCGCAUGUCUUCAGACGUUUCCGUUGAGUUUUCGGUUUGGGCCGAGAGAGGUGCGCAAGCAGAUCGGGAAUGCCGUGCCACCUCUAUUAGCCAAGGGGAUAUAUGGGGAGAUUAUCAGAUCUCUUCAGCAGACUGACGAACAAGAGAUGAGAGAGUCGACCAGAGCUUUGGAUCCGUGA